UAAGCAAUAUCGCUAACUUCGCCACUUAGCGCUUCCCCCACCAUGUUGAAGAUCGUGCGUAUUUCGCCAUGGUCAAUUCAAGAAGUCCAAGUCACUCGAGAUCCAUCAACGCCCCACCCACAGUCCUUUCCCUGUCUUUGUACAUCUAGAAAUCAUUGUCGCGUCGAGCUAAUCUAAACCCUCUGGUCAAAUCCUCAUUAUAUCUGUCAUCUCGCCAAGAUGCCUCCCAAGAAAGGGGACAAGGGCAAAAAGCCCUCUGCCGCGAAGAUCGUAGAGGAUAAGACCUUUGGCUUGAAGAAUAAGAAGGGUGCACAAACACAAAAGCAGAUUGCCCUGAUGCAACAAUCGGCUAAGGCUGGUGGUACCCCCGAGGAAAAGAGGAGAGCUGCGGAAAAGGCACAGAGGGAGAAAGAGAAGGCCGCAGCAGAGCUCGCGAGGAAGGAGGCGGCGGAGCUAUUCAAACCGGUGCAGGUUCAGAAAGUCCCUUUUGGUGUGGACCCGAAGACCGUCCUGUGCCAAUUCUACAAGAAGGGUCAUUGCGAGAAGGGGAAGAAGUGCAAAUUCUCUCAUGAUUUGAACGUUGAACGGAAAACAGAAAAGAAAGACCUGUACCAAGACACUCGAGAAGACGAAGAAGCUAAGAAGAGGCAAGAGACAUCUGAAGAUUGGGACGAGGAGAAACUUAGGACUGUGGUCCUCUCCAAGAAAGGGAAUCAGAAGACGACAACCGACAAAGUUUGCAAGUACUUCAUUGAAGCAGUUGAAGAGGGUAAAUACGGCUGGUUCUGGACUUGUCCAAAUGGAGGGGACAAGUGCAUGUAUCAGCACAAGUUACCACAAGGCUUCGUCUUGAAGACAAAGGAACAGCGGGCUGCAGAAAAGGCUCUCAUGGAUAAGUCUCCGAUGAAGACUCUUACACUAGAAGAUUUCCUCGAAUCCGAACGACACAAGCUCACUGGCAAGCUCACCCCUGUCACACCAGAGACAUUUGCGAAAUGGAAAAGAGAGAGACUGGACAAGAAGGCUGCCGAAGACCAGGCACGACUUGCUAAGGAAGCUACGGGCCGCGCCAUGUUUGAAAAGGGUGACUGGGAGGCCAGUGGCGAUGAGGAUGAAUCAGAUGAUGAUGGUGACGACGCAUGGAAUAUGGAGAAGUUGCGCCAAGAGACAGAGGCUUUACGAGAGAAGAAAGAAGCUGAACGAAUAGCGGCAUAUGGCAAGGCGGCGGCAACGAAUGGUGACAACGGCGUUCUGGGUCACAUUGAACCAGACAUCCAUGGAGCUGAUGAUAAAGGCGAGGCAUCAUGAGCCUUCAACUGGCAAGAUGAUCAUCUUUAACAGCUAGAAAUCUUCAAACUAGCGUCAUUAAGGGAUACGCCCUCACGACAAUAUCAGGGCACUCGCAGGAGCAGAUUCCGGAUAAAAUGUACGUAUGCACUAGGAGAACCAUAUCGGCUUUCAGAUCAUUUACACAAUGAAUGAAUUCCCGAACAUCUUAGGACGUCAUGGAGCUUGCAGACCGUAUCUAUAGCGAAGACAGCCCUUGUGGCCUCACGAUGAGAAUAUACAGUCAAUAGAUGAAGGAUGCAGAUGACACCAAUCAGCC